CACCACUCUCUGCCCACAAACAGCUAUCAGUCCUUUUCCUACUUUUUCCCAGUACCCUGGCCUGUGCUGUUAUCUUCCGUACUUCCUUCUUCGGCUAAUUUGAGAGAGAGAGAGAGAUCGGCCAUAUAGAAGCAAUUUAGGCAUACUGAUUACUUGGUUUCUUUCAAGUCUUUCCACAAGCAAUUAGGGCAAGGGACGCUGAUAAUCAAUCCAUCAAUAUGAGGAUCCGAAAACGAUGGCCUCCACCACCACCACCACCACCACCAGAUCUUCAAUCUUCAUCAGUUUCUGAUCACUACAACAUAACCCUCACUGCUCCACCAAUUCAAUCUCUCCUCCCCACCUCUUUCAAACAAAACCACAACACCAGCAGGGCCACUUCUUAUUCAAUGCAUCUCAAUCAGAACCCAUCAAUAGGCUGCUGGGAAGACAACGAGAAGAAACUUAUCACAAGUGAUCAGAGAACGGAUCAGCACCAGAACGUGGAAACUUCAGCUGGUAGCUCCAUUUCUUCGUCUUUUUCUAACCAAGUAAUAGAAGAGUGGUGUGAAGAAAACAAAGUUAUCCCAAUAAAGAAGAGAAGAGGAAGCUUAAAAAGUGAGGAAAUGGUAAUGGAGAGGGAGGAAAUUAGAAAGAUUGUGAAGAAAUGGGGUGAUGAUGCGGUGGAUAGUGCAGCAAAGAAGAGCAGUGAAGGAGGUGAUGAGAAGAUACUAGUAGUAGAAGAAGGCGGUUCGAGUUCAAGGUGCAUACGAACGAAUGGAAGAGGAUGGAGGUGUUGCCAACCCAGUGUUGUGGGUUACUCUUUGUGCGAGCAUCACAGAACUUUAAACACCCAUGGACGCUUCAGACGAAAGAAGGUUUCUUCUACUUGGGAGUCGAAGGAUUAAUGGUUGAUAAAGAAGAGCAAGAUAAUUGGUAUAUAUAAUGGAAGCUCCAUCACUUUUUUUUAAAUACCAUACGGCUUUCUUAGUCUGGUUUCACUACUUUCUCCUUUUACUCAAACUAAAUUGUGCUUACAUUAGCACACUUAAGACGUGCUAAAUUUAUCAAGAUGCUAUAUGAAUUAAAUAUCACCUAUAUGUCUCUCUCUCUCUUUAUGCAUAUGUAUUGUUAAAUGAAUGACUACUCUACCAUGCCAAAAUCCAAUAAUACAUUAGACAACUCUACAGAUUAUUUACUUGGAUAAAAAAAUACUCCAUCCCUAACCAUGUAUCAUAAACAAAACUCAUUCAUUCAUUCAGGAUUUUCUUGUCUUAUAUAAUGUUGUUGUUUUUUUUUUUUAAUUUAUUUUUAGACUAGUUCAAUAUUUAUUUAUUUUUAGAGAAAAUGUAUGAAAAAGAAAUUCCCUCGUCCCUG